AGUCUACCGUGCGGGCACAUGGGGAAGCGUCCUGGGGGAGAAGACUGUGUGUGCGCAGGCAGAAGGGGGCCCGGGAGGGGCCAGUCUCCGCGCACUUGGGGGGGAGCCUCUCCCCAGCACCCGGGCACCGGGGAGCGUGCACACCACGGGGAAGGGCCUAGCCCAGCGCCCCAGCGGGAAGCUUCGGGUACACAGGGUUCCAGCCCGCGUGCGAAGGGGCGGGGUUCCUGCCAGAGCUGGCGAUAGGUGCGCAUGGGCGCAGGGGCCAAGGCUGUGUGUUCGGCUGUUACUGGGGAGGGAGAGGUGGAGUUCUGGCCCCUAGCAAACGGGGGUGGGGGCAUUUGUGUACAAGAUGGGGUCCCAGCCGCAGAGCAGAAAGGGAGAGGCUGUGUGCACAUGGCAGCAUUCCAACCCAGGGCAGGCAGGACUGUGGGCUAUGCUCAAGGGUGCGGUGUCUUCCACAAGGCUCCUCGAGUGCCCCCACCCCAACGGCUUAGGCAGCCUUCAGGGCUGCGUCGGCCCCCUCCCACCCCCUUCCUCCGGAGGCCCCUACGCCUGUUCCAGCCGUGGCUUGUACACAUUUUCCGAUUUCCUGUGAACGUCCGCCCAGCAGGCAGCUGGGUGACUCAGGACCCCGGUGGCCGGGCCCCCCGCUCCAUGGGAUCUUUGUUUGCUCAGGCCUUUGGCUCUGGCCUUCUGGCCUAGGGCCCUCAAAGGAUUUCCUGAGCCCCGCCCCUGCCCCUGCCCUCUGACAGGCGGGCCAGCAGGCCAGUGGAGGGGGGGAUGGAGGGUCCCUGAGGAGUAGCCACCCCUUCCACCGGGCUCAGGAGAUGGAUUGCAGAGAGCCUGGGGCGGGCCAGCGGCCCCCUGAGGAUGAGAAAGAGGUGAUUCGCCGGGCCAUCCAGAAGGAGCUAAAAAUCAAGGAGGGUGUGGAGAACCUGCGGCGGGUGGCCACAGACCGCCGGCAGCUGGGCCAUGUGCAGCAGCUGCUGCGGUCCUCCAACCGCCGCCUGGAGCAGCUGCAUGGAGAGCUGCGGGAGCUGCAUGCCCGCAUCCUGCUGCCCGGCCCCGGGCCCAGCCCUGGGCUCAGCCCUGGGCCCAGCCCGGCUGAACCUGUGGCCCCAGGACCCCGGCCACCAGCAGAGCAGCCAAGGGCUGGGCACCUGGAGGCCCUCCAGAGGCAGCUGCAGGUGGAGCUGAAGGUAAAGCAGGGGGCCGAGAACAUGACCCACACGUACGCCAAUGGCACCCCCAAGGAGAGGAAGCUCCUGGCAGCUGCCCAGCAGAUGCUGCGGGAUAGCCAGCUGAAGGUGGCCCUGCUGCGAAUGAAGAUCAGCAGCUUGGAGGCCAGUGGGUCCCCUGAACCAGGUCCUGAGCUGCUGGCAGAGGAGUUGAGGCAUCGAUUA